AUGGCUCUUCAGCAGGAACUGGAGUUCCGCACAGAAGAAUUACAAGCUUCUUACUGCUCACUCUUACAAUAUCAGUCCAUCCUGGAUAAGCAGACCUGUGACCUAGAAGUGCUUCAUCAGCACUGCCACAUGAAAGAAGAUGAGCAGGCCAUGGUCUUUGAGGAAGUGAUGGAGAAAAAUAAGGAAGAGAAUAUAAAGCUACAGGAGAAGCUUCAUAUAUCUCAGGAGCAACUUUCAUUGGCUGAAGACAGGAUCAACAACCUAGAAAGCAGCUUAAAUCUUUACAGGGAUAAGUAUCAGGCAGCCAUGAACAGCCUCGAAAUGCUGGAAUGUCAAAUGAAGGUGUUAGAGGGAGAUGUCAGAAUUAUGUCCAAGCAGGAGGAAGAUAUCAAGGGGGAUCAACCCAAGGAAAGAACUACAGAAUGUUUAAUUUAUGAACUGAAGGAGACCCAAAAGCGCCUGAAUGAUGCAUGGCAAGAGGGUUCUGAACAGGAAGAGGUCCUUCAAGAGCUUCGAGAUAAGCUCAUUUGUAGCAAUCUUAAAAUAUUGGAUCAUGAAGAGACGCUUAUAAAAUUAGAAGUGGACUUUGCUGCCUAUAGAGUGUCCCACAGACAACUUGUCUGCCCUUCAGAUGAGUCAGAGGAUAUCAAUCAGAUCUUGGCACAGAUUGAGGAACAAUGUGAGAGUCAGUGCCUCCGAGUAGAAGAGUACCAGUACCUCUUACAGGACAUGAAGAAGGAGCUGGAAAGAGUAUCAGAACAGAAGAAGAAGAUCAUGAAGGACCUCAUGAAGCUGGAGUUAGAUAUGCACAACCUUCUGCAAGAGACAGCAAACCAAACAGAGUGGAAGGAUGGAAAGGUGAAGGAUUUAAAGGAACACAUGAAGACUUUACAAGUUCAGUUGAAAGAAUCCCAGACUAUUUGUUUAGAGAAAGAAAAAGUCAUUCAGGAGAAAAAUGAAACCCUAUCCCAAACUCAGCGGGAAAUAAUCCUGGUGCAAAAUACCCUUGAAGAAAAGCAUGCAGAAAUGGAGAAGCAACAAGCCAGAGUGGAAGAGGUGGAACAAACCCUCCAGAAGGUGAAGCAGCAGGAGGAAAAAAGUGAGAACCAGAAUGCUGUCCUGGAUGCUGAGGUCCAGCAGCUGAAGUUUAGACUAAAUGAGGCCCAUGAAGGCCAGAAGCUGAUUGUUCAGCAGCUGACGUACGCUGAUGAACAGGCAGCUAUGUUAAAAGACAGCCUAAACCUUACCCAACAGAAGCUGGAAGCUAAAAUAACUGAGAAUAAAGAAAAGAAUGAGCUUAUCGACAGACUAUCCAAUCAGCUUGAAAGACAUCAGGAAGAUUCAUGCACAGCAGUGAAUCUAUUGGAAACAGAAAGAAAGAAUCUUGAAAUUCUGACAUCAGAGCUUCAGUUAUCCAAUAGGAAACACCAGAAUGCAGAAAAGAAAAUCACAGAACUUCAGAAAACAAUGGAUCAUAUGAAACCACAGCUGAGACAAUUCAAGGAGAAGAUGAAGGAACUUGAGGAGCAGCUUGAAGAGGAACGUAAUUGUAAUAGGAUUCUACGAAAUCAACUGAAACAGCUAAAGAGUGAGCAAGAAGACAGCCAAGACUUGAUGCUAAAGUGUAAGACCCAAGAAAAAGAGCUGAAGGAUCAAAUUAAAGCACUCAAGCUGGAGAUCCAAAACAAUAAGAAACUGGAGAAGGAGAAACCAACCCUUCUUGAAGAUCAGAACAACAUUCUUCAGGAUCAGCAGAUAUAUUUCUCACCACAGUGGUACCAGGCUGAGGUUGUUGUAAAGGAGCAUCCAGCUGAAAAGAGGAAAGAGAGAUGGAAUGAACCUGAGGAUGAGAAGGACAAUCUCCUGGAUAUAAUGGAAUCUCAACCACUGCAACUGAUCUCACCUAUAAGAAAGCUCCGUGCUGAGGAGAAGAUACAACAUCAGGCCAAAAAGAGGAAGGAGAGAAGAAAUGAACCUGAGGAUGAAAAAUAUAGUGUCUUGGAUGCGAUGGAAUAUUAUUCAGUGGAAUUGGACUCACCUACAAGAAAACUCAGUGCUGAGAAGAAUAUCCAAGAGCAAGCAGAAAAGGAAAAGGACAGAUUGAGUGAGCCUGAGGAUGACCAGCAGAAUCUCCAGGAUAAGAUAAAAGAUUGUUCAUGCCAACAAGACUCAACAGCAAGAAGACCCAAUGCUGUUGCAAAGAAGAUCCAACAGCAGGUAGAAAAAAUUGAGGACAGAUCAAAUGAGCCUGAAGAUGACCCGCAGAGUCUCCGGGAUACGAUGCAAUAUUAUGCGUUGCGACUAGAUUCACCUACAAGAAAAUUCACUUCUGCUGUGAGGAAGAUCCAACAGCAAGCAGAUAAGAGUGCUUUUGAAAAUACAGAUUUAAUAGAUGUCCAAAAUCACCUGGACACUGGCACAACUUUUUCCCACCUCCUCUUUGACUUGGCUACCUGGUUAGGUGUUUGGAUGGUUUAUAGCAAGAAAUCAAAGGAAAAAUAG